UGGAGCCCUGGGGCGGAGCGCUGGUCUGCUGACCCUCCCACCACUAGGACCCUCCCCUCCCCUGACCCGCCCUUCCACGGCGCCCCGCCCCGGACGCGGGUGAGGGCGGGUUGCUGGAGGCUCGGGGCCGCCUGCACUUCACAGCCGAGCCCCGGGGCUGCGGCGGCUGCCUCCGUGCGACCGGGCUGGCCCCGUUCGGCCGCCGGGAGCCAGAGCCUGUGUCUUCCGCGCCAGACCCCCAACGCAAGCUCCCCGUGCCGAGCCGGGCGCUGGCCAGGAUGCGGACUUGUGAGCUUUGAACCAAUCCCAUGACCCUGAGCACGUUGGCCCGGGAAAGGAAGGCGCCCCCCGCCUGCACCUGCAGCCUCGGUGGCCCCGACAUGAUCCCCUACUUCUCCGCCAACGCGGUCAUCUCGCAGAACGCCAUCAACCAGCUCAUCAGCGAGAGCUUUCUAACUGUCAAAGGUGCUGCACUUUUUCUGCCACGGGGAAAUGGCUCAUCCACUCCAAGAAUCAGCCAUAGACGCAACAAGCAUGCAGGUGAUCUCCAACAGCAUCUCCAAGCAAUGUUCAUAUUACUUCGCCCAGAAGACAACAUCAGACUGGCUGUAAGACUAGAAAGUACCUAUCAAAAUCGUACUCGAUAUAUGGUGGUGGUUUCAACUAAUGGCAGACAAGACACUGAAGAAAGUAUCGUCCUAGGAAUGGAUUUCUCUUCUAACGACAGUAGCACUUGUACCAUGGGCUUAGUUCUGCCUCUCUGGAGUGACACCCUCAUUCAUUUGGAUGGUGACGGUGGGUUCAGCGUUUCAACAGAUAACCGAGUUCAUAUUUUCAAACCUGUGUCUGUGCAGGCAAUGUGGUCUGCUCUGCAGAGUUUACACAAGGCUUGUGAAGUGGCCAGGAUGCAUAACUACUACCCAGGCAGCCUGUUUCUCACCUGGGUGAGUUACUACGAGAGCCAUAUCAACUCAGAUCAGUCCUCAGUUAAUGAGUGGAAUGCAAUGCAGGAUGUGCAGUCCCACCGGCCUGACUCUCCAGCUCUCUUCACAGACAUACCAACAGAACGUGAGCGAACAGAAAGGCUCAUUAAAACCAAGUUAAGGGAAAUUAUGAUGCAGAAGGACUUGGAGAAUAUUACAUCCAAAGAGAUCCGAACUGAGCUGGAAAUGCAAAUGGUGUGCAACUUGAGAGAAUUCAAGGAGUUUAUAGAUAAUGAAAUGAUAGUGAUCCUUGGUCAAAUGGAUAGUCCUACACAGAUAUUCGAGCAUGUAUUCUUGGGCUCGGAAUGGAAUGCCUCUAACUUAGAGGACUUACAGAACAGAGGAGUACGGUAUAUACUGAACGUCACUCGAGAGAUAGAUAACUUCUUCCCAGGAGUCUUUGAGUAUCAUAAUAUCCGGGUAUAUGAUGAAGAGGCAACAGACCUCCUGGCAUACUGGAAUGACACUUACAAAUUCAUCUCGAAAGCAAAGAAGCAUGGAUCUAAAUGUCUUGUGCACUGCAAAAUGGGAGUGAGUCGCUCCGCCUCCACUGUGAUUGCCUAUGCAAUGAAGGAAUACGGCUGGAAUCUGGACCGCGCGUACGACUAUGUGAAGGAAAGACGCACAGUGACCAAGCCCAACCCCAGCUUCAUGAGACAACUGGAAGAAUACCAGGGCAUCUUGCUGGCAAGCAAACAGCGGCAUAACAAGCUCUGGAGAUCUCAUUCAGACAGCGACCUCUCAGACCACCAUGAACCCAUGUGCAAACCAGGGCUGGAACUGAACAAGAAGGAGAUCACCACCUCCGCAGACCAGAUUACUGAGGUGAAGACCAUGGAGAGUCACCCACCCAUACCUCCUGUCUUUGUGGAACAUAUUGUCCCACAGGAUGAAAACCAGAAAGGCCUGUGUACCAAAGAAAGAAUGAUCUGCUUUGAGUUUACUUCCAGGGAAUUUCGUGCUGGACAGAUUGAAGAUGAAUUAAACCUAAACGACAUCAAUGGAUGCUCAUCAGGGUGUUGUCUGAAUGAAGCAAAGUUCCCUCUUGAUAACUGCCAUGCAUCCAAAGCCUUAAUCCAACCUGGACAGGUUCCAGAAAUGGCCGGCAAGUUCCCAGACUUAACAGUGGAAGACUUGGAGACAGACGCACUGAAAGCAGAUAUUAAUGUCCACCUACUGCCUAUGGAAGAGUUGACAUCUCGCCUGAAAGAUCUUCCCAUGUCCCCUGAUCCUGAGUCACCAAGCCCCCAGCCCAGUUGCCAGGCUGAAGUCUCAGAUUUCAGUACAGAUCGCAUUGAUUUUUUUAGUGCCCUUGAGAAGUUUGUAGAGCUCUCCCAAGAAACCCGGUCCCGGUCUUUUUCCCAUUCAAGGAUGGAGGAACUGGGAGGAGGAAGGAGUGAGACCUGUCGACUGUCAGUAGAAGUAGCCCCCUGUGAAGGGACUGCUGAUGACCAGAGAAGCAGCUCUUUGAGUAACACUCCCCAUGCAUCCGAAGAAUCUUCAAUAGAUGAGGAACAGUCAAAGGCAAUCCCAGAACUGGUCAGUCCUGACAUCUUCAUGCAAUCUCACUCAGAAAAUGCAAUUUCAGUCAAAGAAAUCAUCACUGAGAUUGAAUCCAUCAGUCAAGGAGUUGGGCAGAUGCAACUGAAAGGAGACAUCCCAUCCAACCCUUGCCACACACCAAAGAAGAAUUGUGUCCAAGAGCUGCCCCUUGAGAAGGCCCAGACCCUGGAAAACAAACCUGGAAAUAUGGAGCAGAAUGACGAUUCCUGUCCCACCCAGCCUGAACCAGCCAAAGACUCAGGAAAGGGGGACCCUGAAGGCUGCCUAAUCCCACACUCAUCCACAGACUUGGAAGAGGAAGAAGCAGCAGAGGGGGACCAAGAGCUUGGGGGCCAGGGGGUGCAUCCCAGUGCCAAGUGGUGCCCUGGGUCUGUCAGACGAGCCACGUUGGAGUUUGAGGAGCGGUUGCGGCAGGAGCAAGAGCACCAUGGUACUGCCUCUGCUUGUACCUCAUUGUCCACUCGCAAGAACUCCAAGAAUGAUUUUUCUGUGGCAGAUCUAGCACUAAAAGGGAAGAGUGAUGAAGCCACCCUGGAACAUUCAUUGGCCCCCAAGGAACUAGAGAUGAGCAAGGGCAAAGGGAAAUGUGGUGGGGCGGAGUCUGGCUCACUCCCCGACUCCGAGCAAAAUGCCUUUGUCCCCACCACCGAGCUGCAGGCCUCUCACCCCGUACCAGUCCCCCAGGAGAGCCCAGGGCCAGAUUCUAAAACCAAGCAAGAGGGCGUCUUGAAGGAGCAGAGGACUCUAGUUUCCUGCCAGGGCUCUGACACCUGGGCCGUCCCAGUCCCCCUGCCCAAGAAGAUAGAAAUCAUUGAGUAUACCCGCACGGUGACAUCGCCAGAUCACACAGGCAUGAGAGGUGACAUAGCCACCCCUGAAAAGAGUGGGGAGCAAGCAACAAGGAAGGUGAAAGUGGAGAAGACCAUCACUGUUGUCUGUGCCCUGGAUGAAAAUCUGAACCAGACUCUAGGUCCCCAGCAGGUUUCUCUGCAGCCCCACGUGCUACCUCGGCCGCCUCCUUCCUCUCCUGAGCACAGUAGGUGCACUGAGCCACCCCCCACCUUGAGCAACCCCGAAGACAGGGGCCACAGCCCCCCAACCGCGCGGGACACAGCAGCACCUUUUGUCAGUCACACAACCCAUGUGCCGUCUGCCAGUUUGGAUUACCUGCACCCCCAGACUGUGGUCCACCUGGAAGGCUUCACGGAGCAGAGCAGCACCACAGACAGCGAGCCCCCCACGGAGCCAGGCUUCGGGGAGGGCAGGCACGAGGGGCUCCUUUCCGGGAGCAAAGAGACGCCCUCCACGGGCUCCCUGUUAAGCAGCGAAGACCUAAGUUUAAUUAGCAAACAGGGUGACAGUAUCGGGGACUUAGCAGAAAAACUGGACCCGUCACCUGGAGCCCAACCACUCCCACACAGCUCUAGUAGUGACAGUCUAAAGGGUCUCAGCCACAGCCCCGGUGUGGUGAAGGAGCGCACCAAGGAAAUCGAGUCCCGGGUGGUUUGCCAGGCAGGGCUCCCCAAAGCGUCCCAAAUGAAGCGCUCCAUGUCCCUCGCCAAGUUAGGUUACUUGGACCUGUGUAAAGACUGCCUCCCAGAAAGGGAGUGUGUCUGCUCCGAGGCCCCUCAUCUCAAACUGCUUCAGCCCUUCAUCAGAACAGACUCAGGCAUGCACACUGUAGUGGGCCCAGAGCCCCCCCAAAACCCAGAUGCCUCCCAGAACCCAGAGCCCACUAAGUAUUUUGUAGAGCAACUCAAAACAACAGAGUGUAUCGUGCAGAGCAAGCCAGUGGAGAAGCCCCUGGUACAGUAUGCCAAAGAAUUUGGUUACAGUAAGCAGUGUUUGCCCCCCAGGGCAGGGCCCGAAUUGACUAGCUCUGAAGGAGGCCUUCCCUUGCUGCAGACUCAGGGGCUGCUGGGCGCAGCCCCCGCUCCUGGGCUGGCUGUGGCCCCUCGUCAGCAGCAUGGCAGAACUCACCCCCUUCGAAGACUGAAAAAGGCAAAUGAUAAAAAACGGACAACCAACCCCUUCUAUAACACCAUGUGAUUCUGAGCCUACACAUGUGACUUUCUUAAAUCCUUGUAAAAGGGGCAGGUGUAAUAUGUAAGGAAUAUGCACUUUAUCGGUUAAUUUUUAUAAUAUUUUGGUCAUUUUACUGUUCCUGGCGCAUGCAGGGUUUGGGUCUUUUUUCUGGAUGACUGUGAGUGCGUGUGUGUAUGCGAGAGAGAUUGAAAGAGAAAAGAGAGAUUUGAACAGCAAGACCAUAUUUUCAUUUGUAGAAAAUUCAAACCUCAAAGAAAGCUCAUUUUCAAGAAACACCUUUGUCGAAGGCAAAUAAAUUGCUGUUUUUCAAUCAGCUGCCACCUGCCCCUCUUUUCACCAUGAGGAAAGGCGGCUGCUUGCUGGAGCGGGGAAGGAAGCAGAUGGGCAGGGGGCCGCUGGAGCAGGAGACUGGACAUGCUCGCCAGGGCCUGUGUGGUGAUGGUUUGAUUCCAGACCUGAUGCAUUGGUAGGGCUGAAAGACAGCAGGACAGGAGAGAACCGUCAACCUCUGGGCCCAGCCUCUUGGCGUUCCAGAAGUGAUCGGAUUCUGCUUUGCUCUAACGGGGAUCUCCUAGACUCCAUUUCUUCUGGUAUUUCCAGCUCUCUCAUUACAGGAAGGCAUGAUGACUGGCUUUGUAGACGUAGCAAGCAAAUAGUUUACUUUCCCUGAGCAAAUACUUUUUUUAAUUAAAAGCAAGCUGCCAAUUGAAUCCAAGAACUUCUCUGUAGAGGAGGGCUUAAGAGAUCGAGAAGGGGGACCCGAGCAGUGGUGCAGUAGGUAGGGCGCUUGCCUUGCACGAAGCUGACCCACCUCCAAUCCUCAUAUGGUCCCCUGAGCACAGCUAGGAGUGAUCCAAAAACCAAAAUAAAAGGAAAUGGAGAGGCGGAAGUGGGAGGCAGAAUGGCUGCCGCCCCAAUAUCUUCCUGGACCUGUGACGAGCUCCACCCAGCGAUCAUCCCUUCCCCUCUCCCACGUGGGAAUGUGUCAGCAGCUACCUCCCAACUAGACACAGUAGGGACACGUUUGAAAAACAGCAAUUGAAAGUCUGUGUGUUCUUGUAAAAUGAAUACAUCUGUAGGGUUUUAACCCUUCCAUUACUUGAAUAAUUCAGUGGGCCUUCAGAGUUUAAUGGCCUUUUUUUUUUUUUUCAUUUUAUUUUCUUCCCUCAUGUUGUUUAUCCCAGUACUGCCUUUUUAUUUUUUAAUUUCAUAGAUGAUAUUUGAAUUGUUACAUAUGUAUAACCUCCAUUGAAUGCAAAGUUUUCUUUUUGAUAUUAUCACUGUUAACACUUGACAUAAGGGUUUUUUUUCCCCCUCUUUCUGGAAGAGUUGUCAUUUUUCUGGUUCAUGCACAGUGUUUAUGUACAUAAUGUCAAUCUUUCACAAUGUUUUGUCAUUGAUGUUAUAAGGUCUUUUUAUUCUUUUUUAAUAAGAUGUAAAGCUGCAACUGGAAAAGACACAGACACCACAGAAAUGAAACUGAUGAGUGUUGGUAGGAAUCUGCAGAGCAUAUUCAUGGUGAUUUUAAUUGUUUAAAUGGAGACUUCUAAUCGCCAGCUCCUGCCAAAUUAUGUGUUAGUAGCUUCCUCCUCAGAGAAAUCCCUAGAGGCUCCCAUUAGAUCAGUUUGAAUAAAGCGUGAUUUCUCUUUGAGACUAAAAAAAAACCCAAAACGUUGUUUGCCGGUAGCUCAGCCACCUCGAGGGAAAAUGUACAAGUGCGCCCAUGCCGCCCUCCCUCAGUGGAAACUCCUAAUGGAAGCUUCGGGGAGACUUGGCCAAGGGCAGGGCCCUUAAUUGAGUCCAUUUAGGAUGCUGUUGCUUUGCUGCUAUUGUGAAGAUCCUUAACACAAGAGCAUCUGCCAUAAAUAAAUAAGCCUAUAAAUAAGCCAAUUUCCGCUUCUUACAGCAAACAUAUUUAGCCUAGAAUGAAACCCCCUCUGCAGCUCAUCAAAAUUGAAGAGAUUUGCAAGUUUUCUUCCUGUGUGUUUUGGCUAUUGCUGGAAGAGUUGUCAUUUUUCUGGUUGACCAAGAACAGACUUGAGAUGAAGGGGUUGGGCCUGUGACAGCCGUGAAAGGAGGCAGAUACAGAGACUGCAAGGUGAUGUCAGAGGCCAGAGUUUUGUGAGUACAGAGAGUGAGUGACCCAAGGAGAAAGAGAAGUUGGGCUGAGCCCCACCACAAGUGUUCUGAGUUUAAGCGAGAGCCAAGGCAGGUAUGACAUCACUGUCAGGAGGCGGGUUGGACAGAAACCUGCUUAAACAUUUUUGUGCUACAGUAGUGACAUGUGACUCUCCCUCAUGUCCUUCAGUAUUCAGAGGUACCAUUCACAUAACUUAGUGACUGCAGGAUCAGGUGGUGUUUGCUUAGAUGCUGUGUAACAGCGUAAGGACGGGCUUAGAAGUUUACAGGGCUCAUGCAUCCGCCCUGCCCUGUUUCACUGAAGCAGUUUAACCACCAGUGUGAUUGGCUGGGGGUGGGGGGUAAGAAAUUGUCAUGUGGAGCAGGAGGCUUUUUUAAGAGAGUGCUCUCCACCGACCUGUGUUAACCCCUUCAGGUGGCCAUAUCCCUUGUAAGUCCAAGUAGAGUCAACAGUAUUCCACUGCUCUCUUCUUCCUUGCUACUGUGUUAAUGCUUACUCUUACUGCAUUAAAUAAUAAUGAGGACAUCCUCCAAUGCUGUGAAGAAAUACUUUUUGAAGAGUGAAAGAAAUAGUCUUGCUCUGCCUCCCCUUUAUUUAUUUUUUUAAUCAUUUCACUUACCUGCCUAAAUAAACGUUCUCUUAGCAGGGUCCAUAGUUCAGCCAUGCCAUGAGGUUUUUUCACUUACCCUGUCAAAUUCCAACCAUUGGGUUUUUACGGAAUUUUUUUUUUUUUUGGUUUGGUUUGGCUUGGGAGGGGGGCGGUUGUUUUGUUGUGUUUUAACCUAACUGAGAGAUGUCAUGAAAUCACAUAAUGAACUCUCAAGGACUUUUCCAACUUUUGUCUUUUCAACCUUUUUUAUAAUCUUGAGUGGCCUUUUGCCCUUUUCUGUUUCUGGAAAAAACCCAACUCAGAACAGCAGAUUUGGUAGACUGAAAAGCCUGGAACUCUUGCUCAGUGCCUUUCUCUGUUUAUUUUGAAAAUCCUGGUUUGACUCAGUUACUCUAAAGGAUAGUGAGCGAGAGGGUGAGAGAGAGAGAGAGAGAGAGAGAGAGAGAGUGAGUGAAUGAGAGAGAGAGAGAGUGAGAAUUAACAUUUUGGUGUAGAGCCAGGAGCACACAUGUUGUGAGCUGUCAUUUGGGUGGUUACUGGUCAAUAGGAAGGUGAGAUAACCUAAUCCUUUCUUUAGACACACAUAGGAAUAGUGUGUACUAUAGAGACAGUAGUGCUAUAGUGUAGUAAUAGUCAUCUCUCCUCAUUUUGGUUGCCUUUCAGAUUCUGAAUGUUUGGGAUCAUUCCUAGCAUCUCAGCCUCUUCAGGCUCUUUAGCAUUUUCCUGACUCUGUACUUUUAUCCCAACUGGUAAUUCCUCUUUCUCAUUUUGGGAACUACCACAAGCUCCAAGGACAGCCUGAGGAUGCCAGCCCAAGCUCUGAGGUCUCCUCCUGAUAAAGGAUCCCAGACAGAUGCUUUGGGGUAGACUUCAUGGAAAUCUUUGCCUGUGUCAUCUGAGAAUUUCAGUUCCGAAGUGAUCUAAGCAUGUUUGGUAAAGAUGUUUUUGUGACGAUUGUUUCUCUUUUUCCUUUCAAGAAAGUAUUAUGCAAAAAGGGUCACUUACAAGGGCAUUUUUUUUAUUUCAAUAAAGCCGUUAGUUGGCUUUUUCUUUUCUUUUCUUUUUUGGACAACUAUUUUGUGGAUACUUUGUUUACAUUGUGAGUAUUAAAAUGUUCUUCAUCUUGACAGCCGCUCAGUCUCCCUGCCCCUCCAGGCACCCGCACUGGCUGUCCUGUAUGUCCUCCAUGUGGUGAUCAGCCCUGGGGGGUGAGCGGGGAAACCUGGAACCAGCUUCCAUCCGUGUCCUGCACUCCCCUCCAACACUCUGUGUGCAAAUAGUCCUUUCCUCAGUGAUGGUGGCUUCUAGUGAUGGUUAUAAUGGUGAAUGACUAGUAGUGUUUUUUUUUUCAUUUUGUUUUGCUUUUUGAUAAUAGAUGAGAUGAAAUAUUAGCGCUUUCAGCACCAAUCUAAAACCACAUUGGGCUUUGUUUUCCCUGCCAAACUGAAAAAGAUCAAGGCAUGCCUUGGCAUAAAUGUAUUUGCUUCAACUCAACCAGCGCCCAUAUUUGAAAAAAAAAGCCUUCCGCGAAAGCAGAAGGUUCACACUCCUAACCCUUCUCCCAGGGACGGGGUCCCUCGAUGCCAUGGAGAACCAAUGCCAGGUGCUUCUGUGCCUUUCCAGCCUGGAGUGGAGGGUGACUGGGCUCCUCUUGUGAAAACAGCACCAGCCUCACUUUCUCUGCCCCAGAGAUCUAGGACAGGCUUUCUAGACUGGAAUUGUCCUUCAUCAACUUGAAGUUGCCCCCUGGACAUGUGACUAGUGCUGCCAUCUUCAUCCCCGCAAUGGCACUGGGGCAACAUCCUGUGUGCACAGGCAGAGCUGAUGCCCAAAAUGAAAACUGCAGAACUGGCCCUGAGUGAUUCCCAAUCAAUAAGCCCACAGGAAAUUGUUUGUUAUAUUGGAUUUUGAUUUGCUUGGCAUAGCUUAACGUGCCUUUUCUUUUCCUUUCUUCUUAUUUUUUUUUAAUAGCCUUUCUUUGUAGGACUUGUUUUAAAUAUGGAAAACAAGUCCACAAAACUCUCCCACCGACUGUUACCUUUGCCCCAGGCUACCCCAAACUUUUAUGCUCACAUUUUAUUAAAUAAAGCAGGUGCUCCCUGGAAUCUCUGGGACCUUUUUGAGGCAUUUGAAGCAGAAUAUAAAGAGUGGUCUCAUCUCCUUCCUUAAUCUUCUUGGUGGUCGGGAUGUUCCACUUGUAUCAUAGAUUUUUUUAUUACUGAUGUGCUCCGCUGUUUUUAAAUGUGAACUUGUGCGCAAAUGUGCAGAUUCAAUGUUCUUGUUACAGAUUGAAUAAAUUUUUAUUUUGAAGAUGAAAUGUGUGCUUUGUCCAGUGCUAUAAGGGAGGGGGGUGAUGGGGAGAGUGGGGGCGCUGGAAGAGAACAGUGAUCUUCAACAUGGAGCCAUUCUCAUCGGUUGAUGAUCAUCGGAUAUACCUUAGCUAAGAUCUAAUAACACUUAUAUGGUUUUCUCUUUCCCACAAAGAGAAAUAGGAUCACUGAAAAUUAUUUUAGGCAGUGUGGCUACAAUCAAGCCUGAUCCAAAAGGCUCUUGCCAAAACCUCCACCUAAAUAUUAGGGGAAUGAAUAAGCAAAGGAACUGAAGUUCCACUGCCAUCUGUGGUG